AUGAGUUUGCCAGAAUUGAAGAAUCAAGGUUGGAACAUUGAUGAAUCUGCCUUGACUAAAGUGGCAGCGGAUUCAGAAGCCGAAGAUGUUAUAGUAAAGGGAGGAAAUGCGUUGUACACGUUUUUACUUGACGUGAGUUGUUUUAAGUAGCUUUUGUAUUAGAUCUGCACUUUAUAUUAUUGUAGAUUUAGUUAUAAAAUUAAAAAUUUAGAUGAUUUUUUCACUUAAAAAUGAUCAUUUUAGACUGACCUCCGUCAAAUCUCCUCCCCAGGAAUAGCCAAUGCUUCCACUGCCAAAAAAGAGCUUCAAGGGCCAAUAGUACUACAAUUAGUAUCAUGGAGGAAUGUUUCAUACCCAGAAGCCUCGAAACACGACGGAAAUAAUGGACUUUGUGUAAUUCGCCUUACAGAUGGACAUCAAGCUGUCAAAGCUCUAUUAUUUGAACCUAUAUCAAAGCUGGAUGGUAGCACACCUAGAGGUACUAAGGUUAUGAUAGACGGAAAGGUUAAAAUGGAAGCUGGAUUUCUGAUGCUGAACAAGAAGAAUAUUACAGUACUUGGUGGUACUGUUGAAGAAUUGGUUGAGAAGUGGAAGGUUGAAAAGGUAAUUUUGGUUAUUUAUAAUUAUUUUUGACUUUUAGGUAUUUUAUCUACGUUAUGGUAGCAUUUUUGGGCAAAAAUAUUGUAAAGGCAGUAUAAUAUAAUUAAAAGUGGUUUUAGUUUGGAGGCAGGACAGGAAAAGGAGCCACAAAUGCCCCAAAAUGGGUACCAUUCGGCAAGAACAAGGUAACGAACUUGCUUUAAUAUAUUGUUCUACAUUUUAUUUGUAUAUGUUAUGGUCUUAAUGUGAUUAUUCCUUCCUAUAAACCAAAAAUUACAGAAGGUUGACCUGAAGAUAGAUCGCAACUUCAGAGCGAUGAAAGUCGUUGGCAAAACGGGCGAGAAUGAAGCAGAAGAUGAUGAGAAAACGGCCCAAUUCAAGGCUCAAAGAAUGGCACAAAUUGAAGCAUUAGGCGUGGCGGCGAAAGAUGAUGUUGUAGAAGAAGUGGAGAAGAAGGUGGAUGAUCUGAGGAUAAGUGAUAUUCUUAAUGAACAAAACAAGAUCAAGAAGAGCUAUGGUAAUGAUAGGAACGAGAGAAGUCAAGGCAGAGGUCGAGGAGGAAAGGAACAAAGAGAUCAUGGAGAGAAGAGAGAGUAUGGAGAAAGAAGAGAGCAUGGAGAAGGUAGAGAGAGGGAUAGGAAGAGAAAUGAUAGAAAAGACAACAAAAAAUCAGCUCCAUUGGUGUAUGAAUCGUCUCGUAAUACCUAUGAUAAUGCUCACAGCUCGUCACAUUUUGUACCAAGAGAUGGGCAAGGUAGUGGGUCAUCAAGGGGUCGAGGAAGAGGUCGUGGUAGAUCGGAUAACCAGAAAUCUUAUCAACCACGGGAAGAAGGAUAUAGUGGUGGUUUUGGGCCAAACAGCUUCAGAGCAAAUGAGGAUUCCGGAUAUCAGGGAAGUAGACAAGCUUCUGGAUAUCAAGGGCAAACUCAAGCUUCAGGGUAUCAAGGACAACAUCAAGGUGCUGGAUAUCAAGGGCAAAGUCAAGGCUCGAGAUAUCGAAGUGAUAGACAAGAUUCACGGAACCAAGGGCGACAACAAAACUCAGGUUAUCAAGGAGGUACACAAGAGUUCAGUGGUAGGCCAAGUGGCCAAUCAAGUUCAAGAGGUUCAAGGCCGCAAGCUAGUCGGGGAGGGUCUUCAAGAGGUACCAGAGGACAACGUGGAAGUCGAGGAGGAAGAAGUGACAACAAUUCUGGACCACCUUCUAGUCAACCAGUUUUUAAUUUGGCUGAUUUUCCUGCCUUAUAAACGUAAUAUUAACGUUGUUUUUUGUUUUAAAACGGGAUUAAAAUGCUUUUUUUAAAUAAAGUUAGCUAAAUAUAUUGUGAAUUGAAACCAUAUUUUGUUAUUUUAUUGUUAAGAGGAUAUUUGUUGGAAAAUUUUAACAAAGAUGAAUUUUUUUGCAACACUUUUUAGGAUCAAUCCUUUUGUAUUGGUUUUUAAUGAGGUCGUAUAACAUGUCCACGGCUUUAUCACUGAUUUUUUUGCAAACCUUAUUCAAUAGGGAGGGGGACCAGGUUGCAAAUGCUCUGAAUAGGUCUCUUGCGGGAAUAGGUCACCCUCAAAAAUGGGUCACCUUACUGAAUAGGUCACCUCGGUGUAAUUUAAAAAAAAUUGUUAAACUUGUACUGUAAAAACCAAAGUUGCCUAAAAUAACCAAUGUUUAUGUCGAUUUUGAUUAAUUUAACCAUGAUAUUUCAAUAUAUGAGAAUGUUUUAUAAAUUUUUUUACCUUGCGAACUGUUACUGUAAUAAAGUUACAGUAAGCUACAGUAAAUGUUAAAGUUGGCUAAAAUAGCCAAUAUGUAUGUCGAGUUUGACUAAAAAUGUAUAUUUUUUUUACAAAAUUUAUUAAGACAUUUAAGGCUAUAAAUCCGGCUUACUAUAUUAGAAAACGAACUUCCAACACCACUUUGAUGGCCAAUGUUUUGAACUAGUGAUUGUUUUGGUCGUUGAUCUUCUUGAUUUCCAUCAGUCCGAUCUGAAAGUUUUUGUUUGAGUUAAGGAGCCUAAUAAGAAUAAAUAAGCUUACCAAGAUCAUGUCUACAAUUCCUAAUAAGCCUAAAUUUACUAAACUUUAGCUUUUUGAGCUUAAAAUUUCUAAGCAAGCUUAAAUAACCCCGACUACUAGUCUUUUUAAUCUUAGCUUACUAAACCUAAACUUAUUUAGAACCUGUCGUUAUACUUACUGGUAGGCAUGAAUCUAACCCUAACUUCCAAUGAUCCUUCAGUAUUUCUGAUUCCGGACGUUUUGCUUCUUGAGUAAUAGUCAACAAUGACAAAAGCGUCCAGGGCUUGAAGUAGAUUUGAUGAUCCUUCUCCAAAGUUUUGUAGUGUCACGGUGAAAUGGAUCAACCUCUGUGGCCACAUUUCCAUUGGCGAAGCUGGUACUACGUGGAAUACAUUGGGUUGUGACGACGUUGCGCGCAAUGUUAUUGUUUCAGAAUGGUUGUUCAGAAGCGAGAAUUUGACAGUCUUUUUCGUACUGUACGGACCGUAAAAUUUCAGAGUUCUCGGAUUUGCAAUGACGUCCUAUAAUACGCUCAAUUAAUUCUUUUACUAUAUUCCGAAAAAAAUACUGGGGUACUAAAAAUAAGCCCAAAAAGCCCUUAUCCUGCUUUCCCUGAGCUUUCUAAGCAUAAGUUAACUUAAUUCUGAAAUGUAAAAGUGAUAAAAACUUACCGGCAUGAAUGCAGGGAGACAACAAUGAAAAAAAGCCAAAAUCGACCGCCGUAAAUUCUUUACCCUCCGCGAAAUGAGGAUCCCCGUUUCUAAAUGCAGAACCCGAAUGAAUGAGCUUUUUAUUUCGAAUUUUCAAAUUCGUUUUUCUAUAAAAAUUCGAACUUUGAAUUUUUAUUUUGAAAAUUUCAAAUUUAAAAUUUUUGGAAUUUUUGAAUUUUGAGGCGUUGCGAGUUCAAAAUUCGCUUUAGAAAAUGAAAGUGGAUUUCAAAUUAAAUUUUUGUCAUUUUAGGUAUGAGUUUGCCAGAAUUGAAGAAUCAAGGUUGGAACAUUGAUGAAUCUGCCUUGACUAAAGUGGCAGCGGAUUCAGAAGCAGAAGAUGUUAUAGCAAAGGGUGGGAAUGCGUUGUACACGUUUUUACUUGACGUGAGUUGUGUUACAGAGCUUUUUAUUAGCUCUAAACUUCAUAUUAUUUUAUAUUUAAUCAAAAAACUUGGAAAUUUAAAUAUUUUAUACUGGUUUUUUAUUUUUGGUUUUUAGGUAUAUUAUCUGUGUUAUGGUUGCAUUUUUGGACAAAAUGUUGUAAAAGAAUGUUAUGUAAUGUCAAGUUAUUUUAGUUUGGAGGCAGGACAGGAAAAGGAGCUACAAAUGCGCCAAAAUGGGUACCAUUUGGCAAGAACAAGGUAACGAACUUAGUUUAAUAUAUUGUUCUACGCUUUUUCUUGCCUAUGGUAUUUGCUUAAUGAGAUUUUUUCUUCAUUAAAACCAGCUAUUUCAGAAGGUUGACCUGAAGAAAGAUCGCAACUUCAGAGCGAUGAAAGUUGUUGGCAAAACGGGCGAGAAUGAAGCCGAAGACGAUGAGAAAACUGCUCAAUUCAAGGCUCAAAGAAUGGCACAAAUUGAAGCAUUAGGCGUGGCGGCGAAAGAUGAUGUUGUAGAAGAAGUGGAGAAGAAGGUGGAUGAUCUGAGGAUAAGUGAUAUUCUUAAUGAACAAAACAAGAUCAAGAAGAGCUAUGGUAAUGAUAGGAACGAGAGAAGUCAAGGUAGAGGUCGAGGAGGAAAGGAACAAAGAGAUUAUGGAGAAAGAAGAGAGCAUGGAGAAGGUAGAGGGAGGGAUGGGAAGAGAAAUGAUAGAAAAGAUAACAAAUCAGCUCAAUUGGUUUUUGAGUCGUCACGUAAUACCUAUGAAUGCUCACAGCUCGUCACAGUUUGUACCGAGAGAUGGACAAGGUAGAGGAGCAUCAAGAGGCCGAGGAAGAGGUCGUGGAAGAUCUGACAAUCAGCAAUCUUAUCAACCACGGGAAGGAGGAUAUAGUGGCGGUUUUGGGCCAAAUAGCUUCAGAUCAAAUGAGAAUUCCGGAUAUCAGGGAAGUAGACAAGCUUCUGGAUAUCAAGGGCAAACUCAAGCUUCAGGGUAUCAAGGACAACGUCAAGAUUCUGGAUAUCAAAGACAACAUCAAGGUGCUGGAUAUCAAGGGCAAAGUCAAGGCUCGAGAUAUCAAAGUGAUAGACAAGAUUCACGGAACCAAGGGCGACAACAAAACUCAGGUUAUCAAGGAGGUACACAAGAGUUCAGUGGUAGGCCAAGUGGCCAAUCAAGUUCAAGAGGUUCAAGGCCGCAAGCUAGUCGAGGAGGGUCUUCAAGAGGUACCAGAGGCUCCAGAGGACAACGUGGGAGUCGAGGAGGAAGAAGUGACAACAAUUCUGGACCACCUUCUAGUCAACCAGUUUUUAAUUUGGCUGAUUUUCCUGCCUUAUAAACGUAAUAUUAACGUUGUUUUUUGUUUUAAAACGGGAUUGAAAUGCUUUUUUAAAUAAAGUUAGCUAAAUAUAUUUUGAAUUGAAAUCAUAUUUUGUCAUUUUAUUGACCAGUGGUUGCAAAUGCUCUAAAAAUUAAUUUUUUUUGGGAAUUUAGUCAAAAUUAAGUAUAUUAGCAUUUAAAAGUAUAUGAUAAUUCCAAAAAUAUUGAAAUUGAAGAAAUUUUUAAGACCCGAGGGCUCUUUUUUAAAUUUAAACUUUUUUAAAAGGGAGGACUUUUUUACAAAAAAAUUCUUUUGGGUAUUGGCUAGCCUUAGCCACUACAACAAUACAAUAUAAAGUACAAUUAGGCACUAUCUUACCUUAAUUUGGAUUUCAAUUGCUGCUUCGUCAUGUUGAUGACAUCAGUCAGUUCAUGUUUUAACUUAUUGAACAAGCUCUUACAUGGGCUACAUAAAAGAUGUAAGCUAAUAGUAUCAUUCUUCUCAAUGUGGUCUUUCUCAAUAACAUGUUUAGUGUCUAGAAUGUCUUCAACUUUAUCAUUCUUUGUCAUUUUACCAUAUUUUGUCACAAAAUGCUUGUCAUUAGCAGCAGCAUCAUUAGUUUUAAAAAUAUUAGCGUGGUUUACUGCAGAUUUCUCAACCUUAGUCUUGAUUUGAUCAUUGACAAUACUAUUUUUAAUAAUAGUAUUAACAUGUUGAUCAACCUUAUUUAAAAUUUUGCCAGAGUCAAUACUAAAAUGGCUUUUAUCAAUAGAUUCACCAAUUCUAGUUUUAGGUACGAUAGAUUGA